AUGAAGUUGUUUUUUAUUGUCAUCUUGUGCUUUGCAUACGUGCCACUGUUUUCUUUCACCGACACUAAUGAGCUGAUAUCUGUCGAAGAUGAAUCGAGUAGAGACCAAUCAUGCUCCGGAGGUAGCGAAGAUGAAAAUGUGCCUACAAAAAUUUUUAAAGCUACUAAUGAAUGGCGAGAAAUAGGCAAUUAUGUUCUUCCUAAAGGACUUCAUGUGCGCAUUAAUCUGGAAACUGGAAAAAAGGAAGCAAAACUUCUAGAAAGUUCGUCUGAAGUGGAUGUCCACUCUCGAAUCACUUCAAAUUACCAGAUUGUUGAAAAACAAGCGGCUGAAGCCAGCGCAGAAAGCUUAAAGAGAUUAAAUGAUUUUAAAGAUAUCAGCAAAAGCAAUAGCAUCAAGUACAAGAAUAUUCAAGAAAUCAAAGAUAUUGGUGUAAAAGUAACAUCUGAAAGCGCCCUUCUUGAAGAGGCUAUGAGUCGAUAUAUUAAUGAGAAGGAUGAGAAGAACAAGCUUUCUCAUUUAUCUGAUAUUGAAUAUUUUGUCCACUCAAUUGAUUUAGCUAACGACUUCUUUCAAUCAGGUGGUCUAAGCAUAAUGCUGAAAGAUUUAAAUCAAACUAACAGUUUGGAUAUAAAACUUGGAAUUCUCAGUGUUAUUGGCGCCUCAAUUCAAGGUAAUAUCCAAUUGAAGUCUGAACUCUUCAAGCUUGACUUUCUAAGACAGAUUGUAGUGCUGCUCAACAAUGCAAAGGAAGUUCAACUUGAAAAGAAAAGCCUUUUUGUUCUCGGUGCACUGGUGCGCAAUUUUCCCUUGGCACAGAGAGCUCUUUUUCACUCUUUCAACGGCCUUGACAUCUUGGAGACUCUUUUAUCAAAAGACAGAUAUUUAGUCACUCGAGCCAUUGCCUUUCUUAGUGACAUUGCCAUUGAAAUAUCUUCGGUAAAGGAAAAUGUCGACAAACAGGAAAUAUACGGACAGGCUCAGUUCGAGGCGGCACUGAAAAAUUCGGCUGUAUGCCAAAAGCUUAUUGAAACAGUAAUUGACGAUCGAGAACUGGACCGAUCAUUUCUUGGAACAAUGAUCGACUCGCUGAAUGGUCUUUCCAACGUUUGCAACUUUCACUCUAAUAAGAGUUUUGUAAAAGCUUUAUCAAAGUUGUCACAAUUAUUUUCCUCUGACGAUUUUAUUUCAGACUCCAUAGCAAAACUACUCGUCAAUUUGAAUGUCAAAGAUGAACUAUGA